CUCAAGAGCGGCUGAGUUUGCUUGCGACCUGCAGGAUCGCACCUGCGACAGACCUUGCGCCUGAGCCAGCGCUCCGCAUUCAACACAAUUUCUUUUCAUGAAAUAGAUGCAGUUCAAGCAGGCAUAGGCAUAUGCGCGCAAGCAUGGCGUAUGGGCCAAAAGACUCGUUUGUGCAGCUCAAUAGGUUGCUGGAUGCGCCUCACACGGCUGCUGGAUCUGUAAGGAAGACAUGCCUCGCAGUGGAGGAGUGCCUGGCGACGAACAGGGACAACCUUCGUGGAUUCUUUGAAAAGUCGUUUCCCAAUCUGCUGAAGCGGGUGUUUGGGUAUGGCGACUUCGAGGCGUCCUGGCUCAACAUCGUGACCAAGGGCCGAGAUGCAGACGCGCGGGCGCUGGUGGACCUGUUGGCGCCGGACGGCAAGCUAUUUGCUGCCAUGGCCCAGGCCGACAACGACCGACUGGUGCAGUACAUAUUCCCCACUGAGCGGCUGCCGGCGCACACGCAGGAGCUGCUGAAGGAGCCCGGGGGCCUAGGGCGGCGGCUGCUGGACUCGUGGCCGCAGUACCGCGGCCGCAUACGGCCCGACGUCACCGGCCGCCCGCAGGUGUUCCUGAACGUGUUGGAGUACUUCAUGUUCUGGACGGCCUUCUACGUGCUGCGGGGCAGCACCUCGGACGGAUCCAGGGUUGACUCCCGGCCCCCCGCGGGCGGCAGUAGCCAGGGCGUGAUGGGCAGCAUGUACGGCCAGCUGAGCUACGGCGGCGCCAUACGCAGCGUGGGCAGCGCCAUCGUGGGCGGGCUCAUCAUGGGGCGCCCGGCGGGGGGGCUGCAGAGCCACCCCUACUACCGACUGCUGCGGACCUACCUCGAGUACUUCCUCCCCCGCAGCAGCGGCGGAGCCGGCGGGGCAGCUGACGCCGCCGCCGCCGCCCGCGCCGGCCCCGCCGGCGGCGCAGGCAUCGCGCCCAACGUUGGCGGCGGCACUGGCGCCGCCACCGCCGCCGCCGGCUUCGGCGGCCUCGGCGGCGGCGGCGGCUACGGCUAUGGCGGCGUGGGGCUGGGCAUUGGCGACGGCGGUGUGGGCGGCGGCGGCGCGGGUGGCGGCGGCGGCGGCCGCGCGUCGUACAAGCCGACGCUGACGGCGGCGGCGGGCGGGCCCGACAGCCGUGGCGCCGUCGUACUUUCCAUCCUGGUCGAGUUCUGGUUGACAGACCUGGCGGAGCCGCUGCCGGCGGCGGCAGCCAGCGCCGCCGCCGCCGCCGCCGCCGCCAGCGCGCAGCCCGGCGCCGUCGCCGCCGCUGCCGCGGCGGCGGCGGGGCUGCUUGGCGGCGGCGCCGUCGGCGGGUUGGGCAUGGGCAUGGGCGGCGGGCUGAUGGGUGCCGCGUCGCCGGGCGGCUUGGCUGCAGGCGGCCUGGGUGCGGGCGGCGGCGGCGGCAUGGGCGGCGCCCCGCCCACACCCGUUGCGGUCACCACACCCACCAGUGUCAGGAUGCUGACCUACCAGCCGCCCAGUGAGGAGCUGGUGGAGGCGCUGGUGGCGCUGGUGCGGUACGUCUUCUGUGUGGAGCAGCCCGCAGACGGAGGCAGCGCCGCCGCCGCCGCCGCCGGCCGCGUCCCCGCCGCCGGGUCCGGCGGAAUGCUAGCCAGUGGCGGCGGCGCCGCCGCCGCCGCCAUGGGCCUGACCACGCCACGUCAGACCGGCGGCGGCGGCGCCGGCGGGCUUGGCAUGCAGGUUUUGGGCAGCGGGGGUCGCAGCAUGGGCGGCGCCGGCGCCGGCGGCCGCGGCGGCGGCGUGCUGCCGGGGCCGGUGGCGCCGGCGCAGGUGGCGCGGGCGCCGUGGCUGCCGGAGACGCCGGUCAAGACGCCGCCGCCGCCGCCGCCGCGGCUGCUGGUGCCGCCGCCGGCGCUGGCAGUGGGCGGCGCCAGCGCCUCCCCCGCGGUGCAGGCGGUGUCGCGCAAGGUGUACCGCAUGCUCCGGCGCGCCUUCUCGCAGUGGCCCUCCAGCUCGCCCUCCUCCCUCACGCCGCUCAUCUCCCUCUGGCUCUCCGUCAUCGCGCCCUGGUGCCCCACCGCGGCGCACACGCGCCGAGCCGCCGUCGCGGCGGCCACAGCCGCCGACGGCGGCGGCGCCGCAGGCGCCCCCGGCGGCGCAGCCGCCGCCACCGGCCUGGGCGGCGGCAGCGGUGCCGGCGGCGCCGCCGGGGGCGCCGGCGGCGGCUUGCACCACAACCACCACAACCACCAUCACGGGCUGCUGGAUGCGGGCGGGGCGCUGGGCAGUGCGGCGGUGGCGGCGGCGGCGGGGGUGGUGGAGGCGACGCGGCACCUGAGGGACCGGGAUGUGGCGGGUGCCACGUCGCGCGAGCUGCUGUCGCAGUACAAGUACACGCCCGCCUGGCGCAACCACGUAUUGGCGCACCUGCCCUUCUACACGGUGCUGCUGCCGCAGUUUGUGUCGCUGACGCUGUCGCGGCUCAAGUACCGGCCCGACAGCGCGCUGCGUGACCUGGACCGCGUGCUGGCCGUGCUGGGCGCAGCAGGGCCCGACCUGCUGCGCAUGCUGCGCUCCGCCGAGGUCGCGUUCAACGACUUUGCGCUGCCGCUGGUGCGGCCGGCGGCGGCGGCGGCCGGAGGAGGAGGCGGAGGGGCGGGAGGCGUGCCGCAGGGUUACGUGGGCGGCGGGCGGCGCGGGGAGGGCGAGUUUGCGGAGCUCGUGCCCUGGUGGUUUGAGCAGGCCCAGGACUUUGAGGCCGCUGCCGCCGCCGGCUCCCCGCCCAAUGGCGGGGUGCAGCCCGACGUGAGCGGGCGGCUGUUCUCGCUGGACGUGUCGGGGGCGGCCUACACCGCCUGCCUGCUGUUGAGGAGCGCCGAGACACUGGGCCGGCCAGAGCUGGUGGCGGCGCUGCGCCAGUCCGCCGCCGCCGUGCUGCCGCUGGACGCCAUCCUGCCGGCGGCGGUGGCGGACACGCCGCGCGGCGACGGCGGGGCGGGGCUGGACGGCAGCCGCUUCCCGCGCCCGGGCCGGUGGAGCCUGGGCCCACGCGACGACCCACACCGGCUGUGGCUGUCCUGCUACAAGGGCGACCCGCUGAUGCGCCCCAUCGCCUCCAACGAGAUCGGGCUGCUGGUCCGGCCGCUGGUGCGGCUGUCGGCUCGUGCCAACGCCGCGCUGGGGCUGGACGUGCCGUACGUGGCUGGCGAGGAGGCGGAGGACCCGCCAGAGCACCUGGGGCAGCAGGCGCUGCUGUGGGCCAGGAAGAGGGGGCUGAGGGUAAACCUGCGCUUCCUCGCGGAAAUUCAGACCCUGGCCUGGCUGCUGGUGCUGCUGCUGCUGGUCUGGUCGGCAGGCCGCAUCUUCGGGUGCGGCGGCGGCGGUGCGGCGGCGGCGGGUGGAACGGCAGGCACAGCGGCGGUUGGCGGCGCGGCGGCGGUUGGCGGUGUGGCGGCGGGCGGGGGCGGGUACGGGCAAGGACACGGGGCGCACGCUGGGAGGGCCAACGCCGGGCAGUACAAUCAGUACCAGCAGCAACAGCAGUACCAGUACCGCCAACAACACCAGCACCAGCAGUACCAGCAGCAGCAGUACCGCCCGCACCAGCCGUACCAACAGCAGCACCAGCAGCAACAGCACCACCAGCAACAGCAGCCGUACCAGCAGCCGUACCAACAGCAGCAACAGCACCACCACCCGCAGCAGUUGCAGGCGCCGCAGGACGCGCAGCAACACCUAGACCCCCACAACCACCACCACCACCAGCACCCCGAAUACCGGUACCAGCAGCAGCAACAAGCGGACGCCGCCGCGGCGGCGGCGGCGGCAGCUGCCGGCGGCGUGCCGGCGGGCGGCGAGGGGGGCUAUCAGUUCGACGCCCGGUAGCAGCUGCUGCUUGUAUGCUCGUGAGUUGUUGUGGCGUGUGACGUGCGACGUGGCUGUGACGGCGGCGAUGAAAGCGGACGUAGAAGCAGGGCAGGCAAGAGCAGUGUCCAGUCGUGGGGAAUGCGAUGUUAAUUGUGGGUGGUAGCCAGCGGUUGACCGCCUUUUGCAGUGUAUCGUGCAUGCUUGACCGGGGUUUCCACACGUCGGCUGAGCGCAAGGUGCAGGGGCGUGGCGGCUGCACCAGCGACACCCACGUGGGCGUUGGGCUGCCGGGGCUCGCACGUCGCUGCCCGGCGUCAAGCCAGGCCCAGUCACCAGGGCGUUGCCAGGGCUCGCCCGCUCGGGAACUAAGUAGCCAUGGUGGGCGGCGUGCGUGAGCCCUGUGCGUGGUCCUUAGUAGCAAGGCGCCCCUCCUUGUGCUGUCGGUGUCGUGUGAGGAAGCGCUGUGCUGUAACACUGCAUGCAU